UUGGUCUCAUUUGAAGGACUGGUCAAUGAGCUGUCUGCUCAGUUAAUUUGCGUAGCUAUAGACGUGGCACAUUGAUAGAAAGAACGCGUUCACUUCUGUCUGCUUUUGCUCAUUCAGCUUUCAACUAAAUCUGAAUCUACAAGACGUGUACAGUGGAUGACCAGGCUCUGAAGUGUUAGCUGUUCUUCAACCCUCUUUUGUGUUCAAGCUCCCGGUCCCGCCUUCCUCUCCAACGGCUCUUAGGCCCACCUGAGGAGUUCCGCGACAGGCCAGCUGAAGUUGGUUGGGGCAGUGCUGUUGGGCGUCAUGGUCCAGAGGUCUGGAGAUGGCGGCUCCCAGCUGACGAUGACCCGGGCUCUGCUGGCCCUCGUGUUUGUGCUGCUCGCGUCCGGCGGCAGGCCCGUGGCGGGCGAUGGCGACGGCGGUGCCGGUGCCGGCGGCCAACUCUCGGCCCUGCAGGACCUGCUGACGCGCUACGGCGACAACGAAACCAUCUCCGUGCCCCAGCUGCGCACGCUGCUGGCCCGGCUGAGCGCGGGACACGGGGAGAACGCCUCGUCCGAGGCACCUCCUCCUCGAGCAAACUCCUCCAGAUGUUUGUCUGCGAACACGCUUGCGGUGCACAGCAUGAGUGAGCAGUCGCGGCUGGACGGGCGGGGCCUGCAGGAGAUCUGCCCCACCAUGCUGCAGCAGCUGGAGCUGCGCACCUGCACCGCCGGCCAGGACCAGCAGCCGGACGCCGAGCCCAGCCUCCGGCCCACCGACGCCGAAGUGUGGGGUUAUGGCUUCCUGUGUGUGACAGUCAUCUCCCUGUGUUCCCUGGUCGGGGCCAGCGUGGUUCCCUUCAUGAGGAAAACCUUUUACAAGCGCCUGCUCCUCUACUUCAUAGCCUUGGCCAUUGGCACGCUCUACUCCAACGCCCUGUUCCAACUCAUCCCAGAGGCCUUUGGUUUUGACCCCCUGGUGGAUUACUACGUCUCCAAAUCUGCUGUGGUGUUCGGGGGCUUCUACCUCUUCUUCUUCGCCGAGAAGAUUCUCAAAAUGAUACUGAAGCCAAAGAGUGGAGGCCACGGUCACGGCCACAGCCACUACCCCGCGGACAGCUACACCUCCAACGGGGACCUGGAGGACAGCCUGACGGAGAAGCUGCAGAACGGCGAGGCAGGAGGGCUCUCCCUGUCCCGGGUGGACGGCGAGCUCAAAGGGGUCGGCGAGGACGACAAGAUGCUCAGCACGCGCCAGACUUUACAGGACACCCAGAGUGUUGGAGGUGGGGGUGGCAGUCGCGGGCGCGGCGGCUGCUACUGGCUGAAGGGCACGGCCUACUCGGACAUCGGCACGCUGGCCUGGAUGAUCACGCUCAGCGACGGCCUGCACAACUUCAUCGACGGCCUGGCCAUCGGCGCCUCCUUCACCGCCUCCGUCUUCCAGGGCGUCAGCACCUCGGUGGCCAUCCUGUGCGAGGAGUUUCCCCAUGAGCUCGGUGAUUUCGUGAUUCUCCUCAAUGCGGGCAUGAGCAUCCAGCAGGCACUGUUCUUCAACUUCCUGUCGGCCUGCUGCUGCUACCUGGGCAUGGGCUUUGGCAUUCUGGCCGGCAGCCGCUUCUCGCCCAACUGGAUCUUUGCGCUGGCCGGCGGCAUGUUCCUCUACAUCGCCUUAGCCGACAUGUUCCCCGAGAUGAACGAGGUAAGUCGUGAAGAGGAGGAGGCGGGAGGCAGCGGUUCGUUGGUCACCUUCGCCAUCCAGAACGCAGGGCUGCUCACGGGCUUCGCCAUCAUGCUGCUCCUGACCAUGUACUCGGGCCAGAUCCAGCUAGGGUAGCCCCACGCACCUCACCCCCUCCCCCUCCCUACAUGGACCAGGGUCAUGGGGCACCCUCACGCCCCCCCCACCCCCCACCCCUCUAAUGACCUAAGACCUGUUCCAAAGGGCUCAGAGGAAGUCCUUGGAAGACCCUCUCCAUCUCAGGCCCCUCCUUGCCAGAACCUCCCCUCCUCCUUUUCUUUUUGGACCCAUUCAUGGCAAUGUCUGAAGGGACCCAUCUUCAAACGCUAAAGAAUAUGCAUAUAAAUACUUAACUGACAUAAGUACAUCCUCUCUGAUGCAGACUACCCUACGCUAUUGCUUUUCAUCUCAUUUGCCCUCAUUGAACCUGCCUUCCGCCACCUGAGGAGACACGUCUGGCCUCUGUCAUUCUGAUGCAAAAAAAAAACAAAAAACAAGUAUAUACCGCGAUCACAUAGUAGUUUUGGUGCAAUAGCAGUGAAGGAUGUGUGUCCUAGCUUCAGUUCCCACCAAGUUGGAGUUCUGAAACUGGGAUUCUUCCCAAUGGAGUGGACGCUGUUGUUAAGGCAGUAAUCCUUGAUUCAAGGUGAUAUUAUUUGUGCAAUUUCUUUGUUCUCUGUCUCUCCUCUUCCCUUUCGAUGAAAUGCAGAGUGAAAGGAACCUCUGUGGGAGCCUGGAUGGCCAUGGAGUAAGGUUAGCCUUUUGACUGUGUGUGAGACAAUGGACCAGAAUGGUUCUCUUGCAGGGUUAAGUAUAUCUAUGGCUUGUAGAAGCUGCCUAUCAUGGUUUUAGCACCAUUUGGAUAUUUGAACAUAUUCUCUGUACAGUGUAUUUUCACUCCCCUGAAGGUAUUUGCGUGUGCAAAUAGUGUUUUUUUUUCUUUUUUUUUUUCGAAACAAGUAGCUACCCCUGCUUAUACAUCCUAUACAAGGCACGGAGACCAAAUAUGAGCCUGUAUGAGAGUUUUUGCUUUCGUCUUUGCCAUUCUUGACCUCUGUGUCUACCCAGACCUGUCAUGUAGGUUGUUGGUGGUAGGACUUCUGUUUAGUUCAGCCAUGCGUGCCCCUGAUCAAGUCUCGGUCAGGUUUCUACUCAUUUAAAAAGAAAACUGUCAAUGAGUUUUAAGUGCUGCUGUCAACAUUACCAAACAUCAUUUUAUUUUUUUAUUUUUACUUUUUACUAUUUCUCAUGUAGAGUCCUUUGUGCACUGGUGAAGUCAAAUUCCCUGUGUGUGUGUGUGUGUGUGUGUGUGGUAUGUGUGGUGUGUGGUCUGUUGUGGAAAAAGGCUGUGCUUUUUUUCACCAUGUUUGUAUGAGCGAUUGUGUAUAUUGUUACCCAUGGUAUUUCCUCGGUAGGGCUUUUCACAUCUCAUAAGUUUGAGCUCCAAAGUUGAAUCAUUUUAAAGAGGGACAGAAAGCCAUUCCCUGGAACAUGUUCAGCUCCAUGCGUUACUGUAGGUGUGUCGUUUUUUCCUUUCCUGGAACUGCCUUCUCGUCCAUUAUCAAGAAUGAUAAUGUGGGUAUCAGCAAGACGUGAACAGAUAGACUGUAGCAUUAUAUCAGAUAUACCCAUAGACUUCCUCCCUGAACUAAUAUCCUAGUUAUAUUUACUGUAAAUGAAAUUGAUGCAUAAACUCAAUUGAGAAUUUUAUAUUCCAAUCAGAAUAUUCACUUAUUUUUUGUACUGUAUUUGGUAAAUCACAGGCUGUGUUUGUGUGUGUGGCAGAGUAGAUUGUCUUUUCACAUUUAUGGUUACCACAUAACUUUUACUUUAGGAAGCCAUUCUGAACACACUUGUUUCUAGAUGUCGUAGAUACAUUAUGUGAUUAGAUUAAGACAAAUCUCACCCUGGCUAAUUGUGAAUAAUGAUCAGACUACUGCUUUAAAAUACUUACAUGGAUCGCUGUAAUGGUUCUGCCUAAAUGCUAUCUUAAGUUAGUCUGGCAGUGGUACCCUUAGUCUCACCUGCCAAAAUAAUGCAAAUCGGAAUAUGUUGAUGUCCUGGACCUAUUUACAAAAUACCCAAUCUGGUCUCGUGGUGGCUCAUGGACACUAACACUAAAAUGGAGUGCUGUGCCUUUCAACUGUGUUUUGUCUUUUAUGCAGAAACAUGUCUGAGUUUGUGGCCAAUGUAGAGCUCUGUUCAGCUUAGUCCCAUCAGAGCUUUUUUCAAACACGACACAUACACAUACAUUUGCAUUGACACUGAGCUGGAUGUUGCAGUAUGCCAAGUACUUAACAUCAAUUGUGGAGCAUUUAGGUGUACUUUGAGAAAAUCCAACAGGCAUUUAUGAUUUAUGCUGAUGAAUCCUUGUGAGAUCAUUGCUUUAACCUGUAUGACUUGUGGUAGUGUUAGCUCUGCAUAACUCAGAGGGUUGUAUUAUAAGUUCUUCUAAAACAGCUACCACUCUUCAUAUUGAGACAAUAAACCAGUAACAAUUUUUGGCAAGCUCAAAGAAGACUGACUAUAAGGCUAUUCGUUAGUGUUUGUCACCUAAAUCUUGUCUUUAAUCUAAAAUUAAUAAAAAAAAACAUUCCCAUUGUGUUGUUUUGAACACAAAUAGGGCCAGUUUCCCAAACAUGAGUUAGGAUCGGUCCUAGACUAGAAACUGUUUUCAGUGAUAGUCAUUGAAAUUCUCCUUUAGUCUACCAUGUCUGUAAAACUGAACCUUUGAUAUUAAUUUCAGUACAUAUGGAAUGGAUAUGCCCAAGACUUAGCUGGUCUACUAGGGAAUCAAGCCAUGUGCAAGAAUGGGGUUAAAUUCCUACAGACUGACUGACAAAUUGUACUGUUACAUACUGUUUUUGAGGUUGUUCUGUUCUGUUGUGUUGAUUGUACUGUCUUCGAACUGCUAUGCACUGAUGUAUUGUUUUUCAAAUCAUGGAUGAUUUCUCCGCUUUUUUUUUUUUUUUAAAAGAGUAUUAUAUGAUAGCAAGCAGUACCAAUGAUACCAGUGAGGACCCCCUCCAUACAUUUUACUUUAUUUUGAAGGACUAUUUGGUCGGAUGAUUGGAAGCCAAUUUGUUUCAUGUGUAGACUGGUUAAGCGUAAGGCCAUUGUGUGUAGCCCUGGCUGGUUUUAUUCAGAGCAGCAUAUUACACAUUUAUGGGACAAAACUGGAAUUUUAUCAAAAUGACAUUAAUUCUUCAGUGCUUUUCAUUCGUUGCAUCACAUGUUCUUUUCAAAUCUGCUAAUAGUGACAUACAAAAAUGUGUGAUGAUGGAAACAAUUUAACCAGCAUUUGGAUGACCGCUUUUCUAUUAGGGAUUGUGGUGUCAUCUAUAUAUAUGUGUAUUUUUUUUUUUUUUUUCAUCUAAGAUCCUGACUAACCUACUAUGAACUUGUCAUAUUUCAGUCUACAAGUGUACACAAACGGUGAGAUUAAAUGUAAAAACACAAACAAUGUAAUGACAAAAUGGAACCAGGACAGCACAAAUGUAUUAUCCAAACUCACCCUGAAAGGUGUGCUGUUAUAGGUGCUGAUUUAAAUUACAUACGUCUAAAAAAAAAAAAAGAAAGAAAGAAAUUGUAUCCUUUAGUGUUAUGCAAUCACAUGGUUUAAACAGAACAAAAUGGUCUGAUUUCAAGCUGUGCCGGUUACUGUGUAACAUUUGCUCAUUGAGAAUGGCCAGUGGUGUCGUCGUGGCUUCCAUGUAGUGUUUCUGGGUCAGUUUUGGGGAGAGCGUCUCAGGUGAACUUCAUUCCAGUCCCCUUGAACAAGUUUUGUACAGUGAACCGAAAUGGUGUCUCUUGCGCAGUGUGAGGAUAUCUAUCGUACGAGAUGAUGACGCUUUCACACCAUUGUUUGAACUGGCGGGCUUUUAAUGGUGUCUCCUUUUGGAGAUGUAGGAGGAAAUAAGCUGAUCUACUCUUAUUUGUGAAAUAAAAAUGCAAAUAUUUGUAAAAUACAAA